AAUUGUAGUUGAACGCAGGUACCAUGCCGGGUCAAGCCAGGCAGUGUAACCAUGACAGCCGUGUUGUUGGCGGUGCUAAAUGCCAGUAGCAAAGGCGCUCACAUAACCGUAGAUAGCAUCGCAUUAACCCGUUGAAAGUGCAAGACGAUAAGAUGGGUGACCGCCAAACAUACUUUUUACACGCAUCAGAGUUUUUGAGGAACUAGCGACGCUGCUCGGGUCAUGUUAGCUAAGCCGCAAAGUGUAUCUGCUAACUAACGUUAUCUUCCGCGUUUGGAAGCCAGGUUUGCACUUUUGUGCAAAUGUUUCGUUUAUUUCUACACUUGAGCAGUCCCAUUCGGGUUCAAGAUGCGGGGGCGAGGAGGCGAGAAGAGGGCGUGAGCAUUUAAACUGGGAGGGUAGGAGAAUGAUUUCACGUUACAACAGGAAACCUGUAUCGCACAAGCUAGAGAUCCGUGGCCUGUCUCGCAGCAGCCUCGACCACCACCCUCUCCCGGAGGAGGCAGACAGCCAGACCCCUCACUGCCUCCUCGAUGACGUGGAUGAGGCCGUCUCCGUCCGCAUCAGUUCUGAGACAUCGGGUGCUUCCAGCCCCUCCGACUGUUCCACCGUCAUUUCUGUGGACUCCAGCCGGUCUUGGUCGGGCAUCCACAGCUCCGCAGGCACCGGCGUGUCCACAGAGAGGAGUUCCGUCUUUUCUUGGGGCUACGAUGAAUUCGACAAGGCGGCUUCCCGCCAAGUGCAGCAAAUGUUUGAUGAGAUCGACAAAGAGCUGUAUGAAGGUCCAGGCAGCGGGAGAGGAAUACUCCCGGGACUGCAGGAGGAGUGUCAGGAGUGGGCCACGCGCUUCCCUCAUCUGCGGAUCCUGGGCACUCAAUUGGUGUGUCCCAGUGAUGAGGGCUUCCAGUGGUACGCCACCUCAGGGACGGUCGGCAGCAACAGCGGUCUUAGCCCGUCCGCCGCCCAACAGGCCGUCGGGAGGCCAAGUGAGAAAGAUGACAACAGUACAGAGUUGAACGUGCUCGGCCGGAGCGCGGCGCUGCUCAAGUCCAACUCGGCGGAACAAAAUGAGCCGUUAAGCGGCUCCACACCCAAAGUGAUCGAGGUGGAGGGCCACAUGGAGGAGUACCUGGCCUUCGACCGCAUCAGCCUGGAGGAUGAAAAGGAGCGAGCCUGCCCCGAGCCUUGCCCGAGACGUCGCUGCAUGCCUCCCGUCUCGCCCUACCGUUGCCGCCGUCAGGCAGUGCUGGACCAUUUGUUCGACGACAUGUGGCGCCAGCUGGUGGGCUGCAUGAGCGAGCUGCUCCACCGCCAAUGGGAACAUCGCCCCUCCAGUGAUGAAAAGCCUUUUGGCAGCUUGAGUCCAGCGUCGCGGAAUUCCUUGACGUUGUUUUCCGCAGUUCCAAGCAUGCUGCCUAAGCUCGGCCAGAGCCGUGCGUUGGCUCCGCCUCCGCUCGCCACCGGCUUGCCCUUCCAGAAGAGCCCCAAGUCCCGCCAGAAGCCCCCAAAGCAGAAAAGGUCGUCCAGUCAGGGGGGCCGGGCCUUGAUCGGAGGCGUCCAGAAGAACCUGAAUGACCUCAUCAUGAUCCAAAGCAUCCCGCUGCAACAGAGGAACCUGGCCGCGCUGGACAGAACUCAGGAGCCGCCGGAGGAGCGCGGCCCUCUCAGAUCGGGUUCGGGCACGGCGCCGGCCGGCAGACCCCGCCCUCGCCGGGUCCUGGAGCAAAGCUCGUCCUCGCUGACCCGCCCGCCUCAUUCGGCCCGCCGUAGAAACCUGGCACCCCGCACGCUCCAGCCCCUCGUUCCCAGUCCGAGCCAGCCCAACGCGGCCGGAUCUAUGGAUGAGGUCAUCCGUGGUACGCGGCUCAGACACUGUAAACUAAAAAAAGUGAAUGCAUUUCUCCAAAGACCAACUGCCAGUGACCGGCUGAUGUCUCCAUUAUUCGCACUGAGCAGAAACACGCUCCUGCCGCCCAUUGGCGCCGGAGACACGGAACAGUACAAAAGCGCUCAGCGCCAUAAAGGUCCAUCCAGCCGCGCCCACAGCGCCCUAAACGACGAUGUCGCCCCUUCAAUUCCGAGGGAUCGCCUUUUCCCGUUGGACGUCUUCUCCCGGCCCAACACCACACACACAUACAGGUCGGACACGCCUUACCGGCGCUCCUUCACUGUGCUGGACAACAUCGGACAGGGGAGGCCUGGCAGAGCCUCGGUUGCCACAGACUCCCUCGGGAUCGGCGUGACCGGCAUCAGCCUUGGGAUCGGCAGCUCCUCUUUCCUGGACUCAUUUUCCCACCAGCCGCUGGGCCGCUGGCCAAUCAGGGACGAGGAUGAGGAGACGGACUUUCAAGCCUCGCAGCUCGGUCCGCUGGUGCCCGUAUCCCGCACAUCUUAUUCUCACAGCCGGGGAGGCGUCGCAUCCCGACACAGCAGACCAGGAGUGUAAACUGUUGGCUUCAAAUCGUCUCCAUGCACUUUAGUCUUUCUUCUCAAUACUGGACAGAUGCAGCGCACAGCUAAGUGCUCACACUUUUUUUUUUUUGUUCUUUCGCAGAAACAUUUCAUACUGUUCAUGUGCCCCUUUGUUAAAAAUCUAUUUUUGUAAUUUCAAAUCAGCUUCUGCCAAAAGAAGAACACUGAGCUGGUGUUGGAGUGCUUAUUUUAA